UAAAUAAAAUCGUUUUUAGUUUUAGUUUUGUAUAUAAUCGUAUCAUAGAAUAGACUAAGCUUGACAAUGCCGAAAUACAAAAGCAAGUCAAAAGUAAAGCGUGGCCAAGCUCUUCAAAAUUAUUGGUAAAUAAAUUAUCCUAGAUUUAUUUUCUUUUGUGUAAAUACUUAUGCAGGGGUACUUAUACAGCGUUCCGAAAACUGUCGUGUUUCCUUCUAUUGUAUAGGCGGAGAAUUUAUUGAGCCGCAAAUAAGCAAAUAAGAAAAAAUAUAAAGUAAUAUGAACGUAACCAUUUUUGGCUGGUUCGAUGCUACAGUCCUGCACUCCGAAGGUAGGUACAGGAUCUCAGUGACGGAACCAUGUAAAACCAUCGUGUUUGUACUCAUUCGAAAGGGCUCGCAGCCACCUAGCUGAUUGUGAUGAUUUCACUUACCUUAUGCUGCACUUCGAAAUAGUCUGAAGGUAGGUACAGGAUCUCAGUGACGGAACCACGUAAAUCCAUCGUGUUUGUACUCAUUUGAAAGGGCUCAUAGUCACCUAGCUGUUUGUGAUGAUUUCACAUACCUGAUGCUGCACUCUGAAGUAGUUCGAAGGUGGGUGCGCGAUCUCAGUGACGGAUCCACGUAAAACCAUGGUGUUUGUACUCAUUUGAAAGGGCUCGCAGUCACCUAGCUGUUUGUGAUGAUUUCACUUACCUGAUGCUGCACUCCGAAGUAGUUCGAAGGUGGGUGCGCGAUCUCAGUGACGGAUCCACGUAAAACCAUGGUGUUUGUACUCAUUUGAAAGGGCUCGCAGUCACCUAGCUGUUUGUGAUGAUUUCACUUACCUGAUGCUGCACUCCGAAGUAGUUCGAAGGUGGGUACAGGAUCUCAGUGACGGAACCACGUAGAAUAGAACCAUCGUGUUUGUACUCAUUUGAAAGGGCUCACAGUUACCUAGCUGUUUGUGAUGAUUUCAAAUACCUGAUGCUGCACUCCGAAGUAGUUCGAAGGUGGGUGCGCGAUCUCAGUGACGGAUCCACGUAAAACCAUCGUGUUUGUACUCAGUUGAAAGGGCUCGCAGUUACCUAGCUAUCUGUGAUGAUUUCAAUUACCUGAUGCUGCACUCCGAAGUAGUUCGAAGGUGGGUACAGGAUCUCAGUGACGGAACCACGUAGAAUAGAACCAUCGUGUUUGUACUCAUUUGAAAGGGCUCGCAGUUACCUAGCUGUCUGUGGUGAUUUCACUUACCUGAUGCUGCACUCUGAAGUAGUCCGAAGGUGGGUAGAGGAUCUCAGUGACGGAACUACGUAGAGUAGAACCAUCUUGUUUGUACUCAUUUGAAAGGGCUCGAUGUUACCUAGCUUUCUGUGAUGAUAUUACUUACCUGAUGCUGCACUCCGAAGUAGUUCGAAGGUGGGUACAGGAUCUCAGUGACGGAACCACGUAUAGUAGAACCAUCCUGUUUGUACUCAUUUGAAAGGGCUCGCAGUUACCUAGCUGUCUGUGGUGAUUUUACUUACCUGAUGCUGCACUCCGAAGUAGUUCGAAGGUAGGUACGCGAUCUCAGUGACGGAACCACGUAAAGUAAAACCAUCGUAAUUGUACUUAUUUGAAAGAGCUCGCAGUUACCUAGCUGUCUGUGAGGAUUUCACUUACCUGAUGCUGCACUCCGAAGUAGUUCGAAGGUGGGUACGCGAUCUGAGUGACGAAACCACGUAAAAUAAUCGUGUUUGUACUCAUUUGAAAGGGCUCGCAGCCACCUAGCUGAUUGUGAUGAUUUCACUUACCUUAUGCUGCACUUCGAAAUAGUCUGAAGGUAGGUACAGGAUCUCAGUGACGGAACCACGUAAAUCCAUUGUGUUUGUACUCAUUUGAAAGGGCUCGCAGCCACCUAGCUGAUUGUGAUGAUUUCACUUACCUGAUGGUGCACUCCGAAGUAGUUCGAAGGUGGGUACAGGAUCUCAGUGACGGAACCACGUAUAGUAGAACCAUCGUGUUUGUACUCAUUAGAAAGGUCUCGCAGUUACCUAGCUGUCUGUGAGGAUUUCACUUACCUGAUGCUGCACUCCGAAGUAGUUCGAAGGUGGGUACGCGAUCUCAGUGACGGAACCACGUAAAAUAAUCGUGUUUGUACUCAUUUGAAAGGGCUCGCAGCCACCUAGCUGUCUGUGAUGAUUUCACUUACCUGAUGGUGCACUCCGAAGUAGUUCGAAGGUGGGUACAGGAUCUCAGUGACGGAACCACGUAUAGUAGAACCAUCGUGUUUGUACUCAUUAGAAAGGUCUCGCAGUUACCUAGCUGUCUGUGAUGAUUUCACUUACCUGAUGCUGCACUCAGAAGUAGUUCGAAGGUGGGUACGCGAUCUCAGUGACGGAACCACGUAAAACAAUCGUGUUUGUACUCAUUUGAAAGGGCUCGCAGCCACCUAGCUGCUUGUGAUGAUUUCACUUACCUUAUGCUGCACUUCGAAAUGGUGCGAAGGUAGGUACAGGGUCUCAAUGACGGAACCACGUAAAACCAUCGUGUUUGUACUCAUUUGAAAGGGUUCGCAGUCACCUAGCUGUUUGUGAUGAUUUCACUUACCUGAUGCUACAUUUCGAAGUAGUUCGAAAGUGGGUACGCGAUCUCAGUGACGGAAUUACGUAAAACCAUCGUGUUUGUACUCAUUUGAAAGGGCUCGCAGUUACCUAGCUGUCUGUGAUGAUUUCACUUACCUGAUGUUGCACUUCGAAGUAGUCCGAAGGUGGGUACAGGAUCUCAGUGACGGAGCCACGUACAGUAGAACCAUCGUGUUUGUACUCAUUUGAAAGGGCUCGCAUUUACUUAGCUUUCUGUGAUGGUUUACUUACCAUUUCUGAAAAUGCUUUUAUUGUACUCUUUUUGUUGAGUAUCUGUUGCGAUAAUAUUUCUAAUGUAUCUUUAUGUUUUUAGGCAAUUGAGAAAUCACUAGAAAUCCCAUUCAAAAAAUCAGGGGAAAGAUCCGUCAACUGAAUGUAAUGCAUUACAUUCAUCUACGACUAUUGCAGAAACUCACGAUCCGUUCGGUAUGGCAGUUGAUGAGGAGACUUCGUUGCCGGAUAUUACGCUUCAACAAGAUGACAUUUUACCGGAAUUAACUAUUGAGAAGAAUCAACCAGUAACAGAAAAAAUAAAUAUAUCUGGCAGACGAAUUGUUGAUAUAAAAUACUUUUUUUCAAAAUUGCAAGAAAUCAGCAAUCAUAGCCCCUAUAACUGUGGAGUACAAAGUUUAAAAAUUGUUGGAGAGAAACGAGUUGGAUUGUCAUCCAAGUUUACUCUAGAGUGUUUAAUGUGUAAAGGAAAGUUUAUAUUAAAUAAUGUCCCAGGUGAUCUGGAAAUAAAUACAGAAUCAGUCGCUGGUGCGUCGAUGUGUAAAGAAAAGUAUAUUCUAAAUGUCUCCGGUGAUCUGGACAUAAAUACAGCUGCGGUUGCCGGUGCAGUUUCUGUUGGUAUAGGCUACUCACAAUUAGAGGAAUUACUAUCAGCGAUCGAUUUACCUAUGAUGACUGAGCCUCUGUACCAAAAACAGCACGAGUUUGUUUCUAACGCCUGGGAAAAAGCACUUGAUCAAUCCAUGCAAGAAGCCGCAGAAGAAGAAAAAAAGAUUGCUUUAGAAAAAGGUCGUGUGACCACUGAUGGCAUACCUAUUAUAGAUGUUAUUGUUGAUGGAUGCUGGAGUAAGAGGUCUUAUAAAAAGAAUUACUCAGCACUUUCAGGAGCUGCUGCCAUAAUCGGAAAAGAAACGAAAAAAAUUUUGUUUCUCGGUGUUAAAAAUAAGUACUGCAGCAUAUGUGCGCAAGGUUGUAACAAAAAUCAAACUCCGAGAGCUCAUCAGUGUUACAAAAAUUUCACGGGUGCUUCUACUGCCAUGGAAUCUACCCUGAUAGUAGAAGGUUUUAGAUUAUCUGUUGAAAUGUACGGUCUGAUUUAUGGACGUCUAAUAUCUGACGGAGAUUCUAGCACGUACUCUAAAAUAUUAGAAGCAAGACCUUACCCUCAAUUUACAGUUGAAAAAGUAGAGUGCAGAAAUCACCUUUUAAGAAACUUGUGCAACAAACUGGAAAACCUGAUCACAGAUACAAAAUAUCCCAUACAUCUUAGAAAAUUAGUUACGAAAAAACGCAUAAUGACUAUUAGGUCCACAAUUAGAAAAUGCAUCAAAAAAUAUCAUGAUUCUACAGAGACUAUAGAUUUUUGCACUCACAAACUUUUUGAGGACAUUCAAACUGUACAUUUACAUGCCUUCGGGAACCACACCAACUGUAAAAACCAUUUCUGUAAUUGUCGUCAAACUGAAACUGAAUCAGUACUGGCGGAUUUUUUCACAAGUUCUUUAUGGCAGAGAAUAUGUUUUAUUAUAAAUAGUAUUGCUGGCCAUUCAAGAAGUCUUGUUCAUGAUAUUGAUAGUAACAUCGUAGAAUGUUUUCACAGCGUUGUGGCCAAAUUAGUUGGGGGUAAAAGAGUAAAUUACUCUCUGAGGCGCGGCUAUCAAACUAGGUGUUCAGCUUCUGCAAUUACGUUCAAUACUAAAAGAAAACCUACUACAAUAUUGUACAAAACAAUUGUUGGCAAAAGCCCUAAAGGCCGAAUGAGCACUUUAGAUAAUAAGUAUCGGAAACUUAGAGGCUUGAAGAAACGCGCCAAUUAUAAAAAGCCACAGAAGACGUGUGAUGCUAUAACUCAAAAUAAAGAUUAUGGUGAACAAAGCUCUAAGCCGGAUGUGAGUGAUGAUGUUCUUAAUUUAAUGAAGAAAACUUUUAUAUCCACUUUAAAAAAAAGUGAAGAAGAGAGAACACGGAUUGAGCGGCAGACCAUUUUGCAAAGCGAGUCUAGCGAAUGGCUUGAACUUAGACGUUCUUUGUUGACAGCUUCGAACUUUGGCAAAGUGAUCAAAAUGAGGCCAGAUAUUAGUUGUGCCAAUAUAGUAAAGCAAUUGGUAUACAAAAUUAAUAUAGAUGCUGUUCCUAUGCAGCACGGAAGAGAAUAUGAAAAAAAAGCGCUACAGCAAUUAUCUACGCAAGAAGCAGUGGAUAUAAGACCUUGCGGGCUUUAUAUAGAUCCCGAAAUUCCGUAUUUGGGGGCCACACCAGAUGGGAUUAUAGACGAAGAAACAAUAGUGGAGGUUAAGUGUCCAAUAACGGCAUUUAAGACAGGACUAGAGGAAGCUAUUACAAAAAAAAAAGUAAAUUUUUGGAUUAAAGACAAAUUAGGUAAUUUAAACAUAAAUAAAAAUCACAACUGGUUCUAUCAAGUACAGGGGCAGUUACACGUGACUCGGAAAGCAAAAUGUGUAUUCGCUGUAUGGUUCAGUGAGUCGCAACCACUGAAAACGGAAGUCAUUUAUAGGGAUGAUGAUUGUUUUGAAAAUAAAAUGAAGUCAAAGUUACGUAAUUUUUAUUUAAAUUGUAUAUUGCCUGAAAUUUUAGACCCCAGACAUACCAGAAAUAUGGAAAUACGUAAUCCAAUCUAUAUAAUUGAAGCCAUAAAGAAAAAAGAAAAGAAUCAAAAACUUGAAAUCUCCAAGAGGAAAAUACAACGCAUAAUUCCAAUUGCUGAGCAGGCAAACACAACGCUUUCCGCCUUAUAUCAAGAAUCGACACGAUCAUCAACACCAGUAAUUCCAGAAGCGGAUCAACCAACCUGUUCACGAUACUUGGAUUAUAAUGAAUUUUAACUUGCACAAAAUAUUCAACGGUUGAUUUAAUCUUGACAGAUUUAUGGUGUGCCUAACAUGUUAAGAUAAAAUAAUUAAAAAGUACGCAAAGUUU